CGCAGGGGGCAGCGUGGGACCUGCGGUACCUCCACGGUUGUAGAGGUGUAGAGGGAUGCAGUAGCGACGGAACCGGGCUUCUUUUUUUAAAGAAUCAGUGUGAGGGAAGGGUGCAGAGCCGCGUUAUUUCAGGGAGACCUUGUCGCACUGCCCCUGCCUCGUGUAGGUAGUAUCUGGGGUGCGUGCGCCCGGUUCGCAGACCCCAUGGAGGGACGCUACUGGCGGCAGAUGGGGCUCUUUUCGCGGCUGCAGCCGGCAGUAACCCAACCCCUCCGGCGCAGAGACUGAAUCAAGAAGCGCAGGGGACAGCGGCGAGCUGCGAACAAAAGCCCUUGGCGCGGGGCCGAAGCCCAGGACGUGGGAGAUUCCAACAAAGGACGGGCUCAGCCAUGGUGGACCCAGUGCCUGAAGAAGAGAAGGCAGGAGCGGAGGCUGGAGACUCAGGCGGGGACGAGGCCGCGGCGUCCGUGCCCCCUGAUAACCAGGACGCCCAGCAGCCCUCAGUCUCCUCGGCCUCGGCCUCCGCGGCGGUGCCCCGCAAGGCGGAAGUCCCGUGUGCAGCAGCAGAAGGCGGGCGGCGGGAGCAGUCCCCGCUGCUGCACCUCGACCUCUUCAACUUCGACUGCCCGGAGGCGGAGGGCAGCCGCUACGUGCUGACCAGCCCCCGCUCGCUAGAGGCCUGCGCCCGCUGUGCAGUCAAGCCGGUGGAGCUGCUGCCGCGGGCCCUGGCCGACCUGGUGCGCGAGGCUCCGGGACGCUCCAUGCGGGUGGCCACCGGCCUGUACGAGGCCUACGAGGCGGAGCGGCGUGCCAAGCUGCAGCAAUGCCGGGCGGAGCGCGAGCGCAUCAUGCGCGAGGAGAAGCGGCGCCUCUUCACGCCGUUGGGCCCCGCGGCUGCCGCGGCCUCCGCCUCGGCCUCGGCCCCAAGCGCGGGCAGCAGCAGCAGCUGCAGCAGCGCCAGCCUCCCGGCCUCACCUGCGCCGCGUGCGGCCCGCAAGGCUUCCCCCAGUCCCUCCUCGGCCCGGACCCAACCUCCCCCAGCGGGUUCUCGGACAGGCAGGAAAAGCCAUUCGUUGGAUUCGCUGUCGCGCCGGCGUGAGGGCGCCCUCAGCUCCGAGUCGGGCGCAUCGUCGUCCUCCUACAGUGGGGAAAGCCUGCGGGAGUUGCGCUGGCCGCCGCGGGCCUCGGCCAGGAACAGCUGCCCGGCGGGGUCGGCGUCCUCUAACACCAACGCUCCGGGCCGCCCGUCCGCCCUGACCCUGGUUCCCAUCACCGGCCGCAGCUUCAGCCUCGGCGACCUGAGCCACUCGCCGCAGACCGCUCAGCACGUGGAGCGCAUCGUGCGCCAAGUGCGCGCCGAGCGCGGCCUGCGCGGGGUGCCGGAGCGUGAUCGGAAGAUCGCGGCGCUCAUGCUGGCGCGGCACCAGGAGGAGCUUCUGCUGCUGGAGCAGCGCGCCGCGGCCCACGGCCAGUGGGAGCUGCAGCGCAUGCGCGCCGAGCAGCGGCGGGAGCGCGAGGAGCGGGAGAAGCAGCGCGCCCUGGAGCAGGGCCGCCGAGCCUGGGUCGCGCAGGUGGAGGAGCGGCGAGGCCGCCGUGGCCGCGAAGAGCGCGAGGCGGCGCGGCGGCGGCAGCGACAGUACGAGCGCAGCGAGGAGCGGCGGCGGGAGCUGGCCGAGCGCCAGGGCCUACUGCGGCGGGAGCGGGCGGAGCGCGCAGCCCGGGAGGAUCGGUUGCGCAAGCUUCAGCAGGAGCAGAACCUGAAGCAGCGGGAGGAAGGCCUGCAGGAAGGGCGGGAGCGGGCCGAACAGAUCCGCAGGGAGCGCGCCCAGCGCGCGGCUCGCGCCAAGCAGCGCCAGGAGGGCCAGCUGCAGCGGGAGAAGCGGGAGCUGAGCCGUGCGGAGCGGGCGCGCCACGAGGCGCUGCUGCAGGGCCGGGCGCGGCAGCAGCGCCAGGAGCGAGAGGGCCUGCGGAGCUCGCUGGAAGCCAGCUUGGGCCGUGCGCAGGAGAACUACGAGCAUUUGGUGGAGCAGCGCACGCGAGAGCUGCGGGAGCGGGCCCGGCGAGAGGAGCUGCAGGGUCGGCGGGCCAAGGAGGCGGCAGAGCGCAAAGAGCGGGAGCAUCAGGCCCACCUGGAGGCGCUGGCCCGGGCAGGGGAGCGACGGCUGCAGCACGCAACGCAGGUGGCCGAGGAAGCAGUACAGCAGAAGGCGCGGCGCGUGGGCCAGAGCCGGAUGGAGAAGGAACGAGCCCAACGCGCCAACAAGGAGAAGGUGGAGAGGGACGAAGACUGCCGCCGGCGAGAGCUGCUCCAGGCCAUCGGGCGCAAGCUGGAGCGAAGCGAGCAGCUGUCGCGGGAACGGCGCAGUGCGCUGGAGAGCGCCCGCUCCACAGCCCGGGCCUCCUUCCACGUUCGCGAGAAGGUGCGCGAGGAGACCAACACGCGCUCCUUCGACCGCAUGGUGCGGGAGGCCCAGCUACACGCCAGCCUGGACCGCAAAUAACUGCGGGUCUUCGCCAGCCAGAUUGGCACGCACAGCCCCGUGAGGCUUCCCUCAACCACUUUGACGAUCGUGGGAAACCCUAUUCGGUGCGCAGCGCCGUGGCCUCUCGAGGCUUCUGACCAACGAGGCAACAACAGUACAGACUUGUGGGACCUGUCAGCCGGCCCCCUUUGUUUUUAAAACUUAGUUGAUUUGGGGAUGACAGCACAAUCUGCCCACAUCCAUCCUUGGUGGCUCCUGCACCGGCCCUUGCCAAACUUCCUUAUGUAUCUCUUGGGUUGGAAUAGAGAAGCUGGGGGGAAAGGGAGUGCUCGGAACCGGGGAGAGGCCCCCCAGGAGAGGGCAGAGGUGGUUGUCCCCACCCCUUCUGCAGCAAUUGCCCCAGGCACCUUUCUGACAUUGGCGUUUGAGACAGAGUUGCCGCUGCUGAGGGACCAUCACCCUGGCUCACCUCCAUCUUUCAAAAUAUGGCAAGCUGCACAAAGCUCGGAGGGCUCCCAGAAAAGCACAGUUCCUCCAAGGUGUCAAGCCAUGGCCAAAUGAUCCAAAAAGCAUUUGAUUUUUUAGGCCUGACUUUUAAUCGACCACCUGAGCAAAUUCUCCUCAGUUUUGAUAGUUUUCCAAUUCAGCCCCUUGGGUUUUCUAGUUAGACAAUCAUCUGCAGAUAAUGUUCAAUUAUUCUUUGCCCAGUCUCUCCUUAUUCUACCAAGUAGCACAGGAAAUUGGUUGUUUUGGUGAUGCUGUUUAGCUUUAAUAGAAGCCUCCAGCCCCUGGAGGGGGCGGGUUUCUUUGGCAACAGCGUUCCAUCCCAUUAAGCUUUCUUACAGGGUGGGGCCCACUCCAUGAAGACAGCAGCCAUGCCUUAAGAAGCAGAGCUACCCUGUGUGCCUCCCCAGGCCGUUCCUGCCUAAAUCUCCAGCCCUGCAUGCAGUCUUAAGGGUGGGCCCCAGAGAGUUUGGAGUGUAGGAUUCCCUCUGUGAAGGAAUCAUCUCUACUGCUCUGUGGACAAUUAGGGUAUCCUUGGCUGCUUUACUAUGGUGGCCUAAGAGUUGGAAUUGCCUCUUUGUUGAGAGUUGCGUUCACUGUCGAUGACCCGUGUACCUUCUCCACCUGUCCCCAGGAAAAAGUCUCCCUCUUAAAUUUUCUGGUAGCCCCUCACCUAUGCCUGAAAGUAUUUCACCCUCUCAAUACCUCACCUUUCCCAUUCGCCAGAUGGGACCAUCAGUAUUCUUCUCCUGGUACCACAAGGCCUGGAUCCAAAGCACCAUGUCAGUAUUAUUUGUUGGUCCUUUUUGUGCCUUUCUUGACCUGGAAGUGAGGAGGCAGGAGGAUUGCUGUCAGCCUAGUUUCUUUCUGAGAAUAUGGAUUCCUAGUGUUGGAAGGGGCAGUGCAUCAUGGACAGAUGGUCAUUUAGCUUCUGGGGUGAAGUAGUUGCAAUACCAGGUGACUCCCUGGCCCAAAAGGUCAAAUUCAGUUGUCAUUAGGCAAUUUUAACUUUUAGAGUGCUUCCCUUCCAUGAAGCUGACACCGCCCCCCUGCCAUAUCCACCCAUUGACUGUCUUCAUCAGGGAAGGUGGGAAGUAAAACAUCACUUUUUACAUUAAACCAGGAUCAGGAAUAAAAAGUUACCAAAAAAAAAAAAAAAAAAGAAGAAGGAAUCAGGGUAGAGAACUACUGCAUUAAACAUAUUUCAUAUAUAUUCUGCUGGGUAAAAUUGUCCCUGAAAUGGCUGAUUAUUACACACACAUACAUACACACACACACUUUGUCAACCCUUCACCUCCACCCCAUCACAUGCCAACAAGUAUAAAAGGUAUAUUGUGUAGAAGGAAGUUGUGUGUUAGGCUUAAGAUGUCAUGAAACAAGGAAAGGAGCUGUGUACUGAGGCUUAUUUCUUGAAUGGGCGAAUUUUUUCCUUAAAUUUUCUUGUUAGUAGCCAGGUUGUCAGUGAGUUGAAAUAAUUGGUAUUAUCCAUGAAUCAGAAGCAUUUAACUAAAAGGUUAAUGUGA